AUGGCUAAUGAGGACGAAACUGCAGCUAAAUUGAAGUCUGACUUGUCUUCCUUAAAAUCUCAAAGGACAACUAUGAAGCGUACUAUUUCUAAUUUAAAAACUAAAAUAGAAAAGGAAGGAUCAUCUGCUGAUUAUACAAUAAUCGAAUGUCGUUUACAAAUGCUGGAGUCGUACUUUAAGCAGGUGAGCCAUAUUCAAACCCAAAUUGAACGUUUAGACCCUUCAGAUGAAGGCCGUACUGAUUUAGAGGAAAUUUUUAUCGCAAGCAAAAGUUAUAUGGUAGAUUUGUUAAAUAAGAAGCGACGUUCUAGUGAUGUAGAUCAAAGUUUUUUAAAUACAACUUCAUCAUUUUCGCAUCAAAAUCGCCUUCCAAAAUUAAAACUACCCACUUUCGAUGGAAAAUAUUGUGAAUACUCACGGUUUAUUACAACAUUCAAAAUGUUAGUUCACGAUGAAACUUGCAUUCCUACUAUUGACAAAUUUAAUUACCUGUUGAACUGCCUUAGUGGCCAAGCACUUGCACUAAUUGAGCCCUUGCAAGUAAUAGAAGAAAAUUAUCAAAAGGCUUUAGACAGCUUAAGAAACAGAUACGACAACAAAUCUUUAAUUUUCAUCGAUAAUGUUAACACUUUAUUUUCGAUUUCGCCCAUAAAUAAACCAAGUUCUACGGGUUUGCGUGCUAUAUUGGACAAUGUUGCUGCUAUUCGAAGUUCUUUAUUAUCUUUGGGUUCAGAACUUGAUGUUAUGAAUGCAAUUAUUAUACACAUUGUUUUGUCAAAAAUCGAUUCGGAAUCCAAAGCUGUUUAUGAUGAGAAACAAGAUUUCAACAAGUUACCAUCAUGGGAUGACUGCUAUUCCAUUCUUAGUCGUCGCUGUCAAUUCCUUGAAAGCCGAAGUGCUGAAGCCGACUCCUUUCGUGAUCCAGAACCGAAACUUAAGCCAAAAUUUAGACGUCCAGGUUUAUCGCUCGUUACAUCAAAUAUUUUCUGUGAGUAUUGCCAAAGCAAAGACCAUUUUGUAGGAAAUUGUGCUUCAUACUUAGCGUUACCUGUGCCCCGUCGUUUUGAUUUUGUUAAAUCCUCUAAUCUUUGCAUCAAUUGUCUUCGUAAAGGCCAUAUGGUGUCAAAGUGUAUUUCAAAAUCACGAUGCCGAACUUGUCGUGUUUCUCAUCACACAUCAUUGCAUAAUCAAAGUUCGCAAACUUCAGAUUCAUCAAAUUCAUCGUUACAACGUCAUACAUUUUCGAAUCCAUCGUUUCAACAGCGUUCAUCAUCGGCACAGUCUUCCACAUCAUCGAUUCAACCGUCGUCUUCGAUUCAAUCAACUUCAAACCAGCAAACAUCAUCGUCCAGACAAACAACUGGUUCAGCAGCCAUCCAUUUAACAACAAAUUCAUCAUUCGUUACUCGCACUCAUCGUCGAGUUUUGCUCCCUACAGCUAUUGUUUUAGUUAGAGAUAAAUUUGGAACAUUACAGCCUCUAAGAGCUCUUUUAGAUUCGUGCUCAGAAAUUAAUUUAAUUACCCAAGAAACUGCCAAUCGACUUCGUCUCAGUCAAACCAGGUCCAUUCAAGAUAUAGCUGGAGUCUCGGAUAUUCGUACACAAUUAAGAUAUAAAGUCGCCGCAACGGUUAAAUCUCGUAUAUCAGAAUUUGAAUUCACAUCAAUAUUCUCCGUCACUAAAUCAAUUUCAUCUCAACAACCAGCCGAACGCGUAAAUAUUAGUAAUUGGAAUAUUCCUUCAGAUGUGGAGCUGGCAGAUCCUGAAUUUUAUUUACCUCAGCGCAUUGAUUUACUUCUUAGCUCCGAGAUUUUCUUCGAUCUUCUACUUGAUGGCAAGGUUAUUCUUGGAGAAGAGCUCCCCUGUCUCAUUAACACCAAACUUGGAUGGAUAAUAGGAGGCAAGGUUGAUUCUCAGACACCAAAUAAAAUUUUGUCCUGCAAUGUCAUUACCUACCAAGAUUUAGAUACGAUGCUAAAGGCAUUUUGGGAAAUUGAAGAAUUUGCCCAAAAUAAAUCGUUGAUGACGGAAGAGGAAAAUCAAUGUGAGUCCCAUUUCAUUAAAAAUACAGUUUUCGAUGAAACUGGUAGAGUCAAGGUUCGUUUGCCAUUUAAGUUCCCAGUCGAACAACUUGGUAGCUCUUUUGAAACCGCUCAUCGUCGUUUUAUUUACCUUGAGAAGCGCCUUCAAAAGGACGAAAUGAUAAACAAAAUGUACAUCGAAUUUAUGCAAGAAUAUAUUUCACUCGGACACAUGUCUUUAGUCAGCUACGAUGUUUUGAAUAAACCCCAUUAUGUGAUACCUCAUCAUUCAAUCUUGCGUCCCCAAAGCUCAUCAACCAAACUGAGAGUGGUGUUUGACGCUUCAGCUCAUACAUCCACAAACAAAUCAUUGAAUGAAAUAUUAAUGGUCGGACCAACCAUCCAGCAAGAACUAAUCAUCGCAAUUCUUUGUUUUCGUUUUCAUAAAUUCGCUAUGUCAGCAGACAUUUGUAAAAUGUACAGACAAUUUUUGGUGCAUGAAGAGGAUAGAAAUUUCCAACUAGUCCUCUGGAGGGACAACGGCAAUAGUCCAUUAGAUUUAUAUCAGCUCAACACUGUAACAUAUGGUACAUCAGCUGCACCGUUUCUCGCCAUACGUAGUCUUUCAUUCAUCGCUGACACAUACAAACAAGAAUUUCCCAUUGGGUCUCACGUUCUCAAGCAAGACUUUUACGUAGACGACCUUCUUACUGGAUCAUCAACUCUCACUGAACUGCUAAUAAAAAAGACUGAAAUUACACAAAUUCUAGAUAGAGCAGGAUUAAAACUAUCAAAGUGGAGUUCCAAUUAUUCACAAAUAUCACAUUCCAAUGAAGAUUUGCUCCUAAAAACAAGUAAUGAAAAUAUUACCAAGGCUCUUGGAAUGUAUUGGAAGCCUGAUAAAGACGUAUUUUGUUUUCAAUUCGAAUUAUCAAUUAUUGAAGUACCUACAAAGCGUUUGGUGUUAGGGGUAGUUGCAAGAAUUUUUGAUGUCCUUGGUUUGUUAAGCCCAGUUGUAGUUUCUUGCAAAAUCCUCAUACAAGAAAUGUGGAAGCAGCAAAUUGGUUGGGACAUACCUUUAAAUGAACAACUACAAAAUCGUUGGCUUCAAAUCGAAAAAACCUUACCACACAUUAACCAAAUAGAAAUACCCAGAUUUGUUGGUUUAUCUCCAGACACGAAUUUUGACAUCCAUGGUUUUUCGGACGCCUCACAGUUAGCUUAUGGCUGUUGUUUGUAUAUUCGUGUACGUGUUCCCAAUGGUUUUCAAGUAAAUCUACUUAUUGCUAAGUCUAAGGUUGCUCCUGUCGUCCAACAAUCACUGCCCAGAUUGGAGUUAUGCGCUGCUCUCUUACUGAGUCGCACAUGGGCCAAAAUUAAAGAUAAGUUUCAGAACUAUAUGUAUCAAAUAUUUUUCUGGUCAGAUUCUAAAAUAGUAUUAAAUUGGCUUAAAAAUCAUUCGUCUUCGUAUGUGUGUUUCGUCGCCAAUAGAGUAUCAGAAAUUCAGAAUACAACCAACAAUAUACCUUGGCGUCAUGUACCAUCGAAGGAAAACCCGGCGGAUAUCGUAUCUCGCGGUUGUCUCGCAAAUGAACUUGCUUCUACAAGUUGGUUCAGAGGUCCAGACUUUCUCAUGCUAAAUGAAAAAGAUUGGCCUAAAAGCACCAUAUCUACUACCAAACUUCCUUCGUCAGAUAUCAGAAAAACAUCGUUUAAAACAACCAUUGUCGCUAAUUCAAUCAUUUCUGAAAUCAUCAAAAAUCAAUCAUCGUUUCUUCGAAUACUGCACAUCAUCGUUUAUAUUCAUCGUCUAUUUCACAAACCAAAACGAAAUUCAUUCAUAACUUCCGAAGAACUACAAUUGUCGUUUUGGAAAAUUGUACACGACAUUCAACAAUCUUCGUUUAGAGAUGAAAUUUGUCACUUACAAAAAGGUAUUACUUUACAACCCGCACUGCAAAAAUUAUCGCCAUUUCUUCAAGACAUGCCCAGUUAUAAAACAACAUUACCGAUACUCAGAGUUGGUGGCAGGCUAGCAAAUGCAUCAUUAUCGUUCAACACAAAGUUUCCAGCAUUACUCCCAAAAGAUCAUCGUUUUACAACCCUUUACAUCAAGCAUCUUCACUUAAAACAUCUUCAUGCAGGACCUAAAGCUCUUCUUGGAAUCCUUCGUCAACAAGUUUGGGUCACAAACGCUCGAGAUAUAGUAAGAAAAAUAGUACGAAAUUGCAUCCACUGCUUCAAAUACAAACCUCGGCUAUUACAACAAAUUAUGGGUGACCUACCAGCCGAUCGUCUCAAGGCUCAACGUCCUUUUUUUAUUUGUGGUGUAGACUUCUGUGGUCCAUUUUACACGUCUUAUAGGAUCAGAGGAAAACCGCCAUACAAAACAUACGUGGCUAUUUUCGUUUGUUUUGCCUCAAAGGCUAUCCACAUUGAACUCGUUUCGGAUCUGUCUACUAAUUGCUUUAUUUUGUGUUUGAAGAGAUUUAUAGGUAGACGUGGAAUACCUCAUCGUUUAUAUUGUGACAACGCCACAAAUUUUGUUGGCGCCAACGCAAGGCUCAACGAAUUUAAACAGCGUUUCUUCGAUAAAGAUAACACCAAAGCUAUAAUGGAGUAUAGUGAAAUUACUGGAUUCCAAUUCAAGUUUAUUCCGCCACGAUCACCCCAUUUCGGUGGACUUUGGGAGUCCGCAGUAAAAUCCACCAAAACCAUUUUAGUCAAAAAUAUGUCUAACGCUGGUGUUACAUAUGAAGAGCUGCAAACAAUUCUUGUUGAAGUGGAAGCCAUCUUGAAUUCACGCCCUAUAGCACCCAGAUCGGAUGAUCCGAAUGAUGGAGAAGCUUUAACGCCAGGACACAUGCUAAUUGGUUCCUCGUUACUUGCUUUGCCUGACGAAAAUUUAGAAAACCACAAAACCAUCAGUUAUUUAAAGCAUUGGCAAAUGGUUACAUACUUGAAGCAGCAGUUUUGGACACAAUGGGUACGUGACUACGUCCUCACACUACAACAAAAAGCUAAAUGGUUCAAGUCAUCUCAAAAUAUUCAAAUAGGCAGAUUGGUAAUCGUUCAUGAGGAUAAUAUACCUCCACAACAGUGGCUCCUCGCUCGUAUCGUAAAAGUAAUUCCUGGUCGUGACGAAAAAAUUCGAGUGGUAGACGUCCAAACAUCAAAAGGCAUUCUUAGAAGAUCUAUACACAAAAUUGCUCCCUUACCAAUAGACGAAACUAAUUGA